AACUCAAACGAACCGAAUCGAGACACAAUCAGACGUGUUUUUCAUUCACAGACGUUAUAAAGUCUCUGAUGUUUGUGUUUACAGAGAAACGUCAUCGACUGAUGUGAAACACGAAAUCAAUCAUAUUCAUAUAAAGCAUCGUUUUCAUCAUCAUCAUCUUCAUCAGCAGAACGACUCACAAUCGACAAACAUGAGAGUUGUUGGUGAGGAGUCUGACAGACAGUGACAUGCGUUGUGCUCCGUAUGAGUUUCCUGAAGAAAGUCCAAUAGAACAGCUGGAGGAGAAACGACAUCGUCUGGAGAGACAGAUCAGCCAGGACGUCAAGCUUGAGCCCGAGAUUCUGCUGAGAGCCAAACAAGACUUCAUGAAAAUAGACAGCGCCGCAGACCUGGAGUUACUGAAGGACAGUCAUGAGGAUUCUGUGGAUCAGCAUCACGUGGAGAGAGAGACAGUUAUGGAGAGACAGUUUCAGCGCGUGUCUAUCUCAGGAGAGGAGAAGUGUGGGGUGCCGUUCACAGAUCUUGUGGACGCAGCGAAGUGUGUUGUGCGAGCUUUAUUCAUCCGAGAGAAGUACAUGAGCGUGUCAGUGCAGAGCUUCUGUAAGACCACCGCUCGAUCACUGCAGGAGCUCAACAACACAACACCAGACGUCCACUUCUGUCACGACACACAUCACAGCCCGCUGGACUCAGGUAACACACACACACACACACACACAAGAGAGACCUGUGCUGAUGUCUGUGUGUGUGCGUCAGAUGCCCCCGUUCACCCGCCGAUGUCAGACACUCACCCGUAUGACGGACAGGACAUGAAGAAUCUGCCGUCUGAUGUGGGCUACAGCUGCAGGAUGAUUGACGGAGUCAUACAUGUGUACACUAAACCAAACCCCAUGGACAAGAGCACAGAGUUAGAUCUGCCGUAUCCUGAUCUGCAUGAACACAUCGCUGAUAUGAACGUCAUGAUGGCUCUGAUCAUCAACGGCCCUGUGAAGUCGUUCUGUUACCGUCGGCUGCAGUAUUUGAGCUCCAAGUUUCAGAUGCACGUUCUUCUGAAUGAGAUGAAGGAACUGGCCGCGCAGAAGAAAGUUCCCCACCGAGAUUUCUACAACAUGCGCAAAGUGGACACUCACAUCCACGCCUCGUCCUGCAUGAAUCAGAAGCAUCUGUUGAGGUUCAUCAAGCGAGCGAUGAAGAAAUAUCCGGAUGAGAUCGUGCACAUGGAGGGCGGUGGAGGUCAGACGCUCAUGGAGGUGUUCCAGAACAUGAACCUGACGGCCUACGACCUCAGCGUGGACACGCUGGACAUGCACGCGGACAGAAACACUUUCCAUCGCUUCGACAAAUUCAACUCCAAAUACAACCCCAUCGGAGAAUCCAUCCUGCGAGAGAUCUUCAUCAAAACCGACAAUCACAUCCACGGAAAAUACUUCGCUCACAUCGUCAGGGAAGUGAUGUCAGACCUGGAGGAGAGUAAAUAUCAGAACGCUGAGCUGCGUCUGUCGGUGUACGGCCGAUCCAGGGACGAGUGGGAUAAACUGGCGCAGUGGGCCGUCUCACACUCCGUGUACUCACACAACGUCCGCUGGCUCGUCCAGAUACCACGACUCUUUGAUGUUUAUCGCACAAAGAAGCAACUAGCAAACUUCCAGCAGAUGUUGGAGAACAUCUUCAUGCCUCUGUUUGAGGUGACCAUCAACCCCAACAGCCACCCACAACUACACCUGUUCCUACAACACGUUGUGGGUUUUGACAGCGUGGAUGACGAGUCUAAACCGGAGCAUCACAUCUUUAAUCUGGACAGUCCGUCUCCUGCUCGCUGGUGUGAAGAUGAUAAUCCACCUUAUUCAUAUUAUCUGUACUACAUGUACGCUAACAUCACCGUCCUCAACCACCUGCGCAGGAGGCGGGGCUUCCACACCUUCGUGCUGCGACCUCACUGCGGGGAGGCGGGGCCUAUUCAUCACCUGGUGUCUGGAUUUAUGCUGUCAGAAAACAUCUCGCAUGGACUGCUGCUCAGAAAGGCUCCGGUGCUGCAGUAUUUGUAUUAUCUGGCUCAGGUGGGCAUCGCCAUGUCUCCUCUGAGUAACAACAGUUUGUUUUUGAGUUAUCACCGGAACCCUCUGCCCGAGUAUCUGUCCCGCGGGCUCAUGGUGUCUCUCUCCACCGACGACCCGCUGCAGUUUCACUUCACCAAGGAGCCUCUGAUGGAGGAAUACAGCAUCGCCGCUCAGGUGUGGAAACUGAGUUCAUGUGACAUGUGUGAACUGGCCAGAAACAGCGUGUUGAUGAGCGGAUUCUCACACAGGGCUAAGAGUUAUUGGUUGGGUCCCGACUAUGAUAAAGAGGGUCCGGUGAGCAACGACAUCCGCCGCUCAAACGUUCCUGACAUCCGUGUGGCGUACAGACACGAGACUCUGUGUGAGGAGCUUCAUCUGAUCACUCAAGCCGUCCGGACGCAAGAGCUCCACAGCAUCGACGAGGAGGCGCUGUCCUUCACUCCUGUCCAAUCAGCACGCUAGACCACAUGUGACCCCGCCCGUCCAAUCAGCAUGCUAGAUGACUGGUGACCCCUCCCCUCCCUCGGCUCGGCCGUCAUCAGGACCAAAUCAACACUUCAUCUCUGUCAAUCUGACCUUUCAAAUGAACUCGUGUGCAUGUUUGGAGAUAUUUAAGCUACGCGUAGAGAUAUAAAUAUAUAUACAUGUGUGUGUUUCUCAUUUAGAAGUGUCAUGAUGGUGACUUUACGUUUCAUCUGUUUUAAACGAUAGCGCUUUCUUUCUUUAAUCCACUUUAGCUUUAAAUCACUUCGCGACGUGUCGACUGACUGUCAUUGGUUAGAUGUUGUAGAAUAAGUUGUUCUUCUAGUCAGUUUGUUUUCACGUCUCUGAAUGAUUUCUGCUCUACAGAUCUCAAACUCCAUUGAUAUAUCUUUUUCUAAGACACAACCCCGAUCUUUACAGCACUUUCAUCCCAUGAAAACGUCGGUUUACUGACGAGAAGUUUUGUUUCAUUUCUGGUGAUUUUUUCGUGCACUAGUUAUUAUGUUUGACAAGACUUUUAUUUUGUUUUUAUUUUCUGAUGUGUGUUUUAAUGUGACUGUUGAUCAUUCCAAACUGUGAAAGGGAACUCCACCGAAAAAUGGACAUUUUGCCACGAAGUACUUGUUCGACGAGCCUGGAACGUUCGUUCAGUUGUCGGCGGAGUUUCCCUUUAAAGUUUUCUCUAUAAUGUAUGACGAUAAUAAUGAAGAACGAUCAAAUGUGCAUUGACUGAAAAGACAGCAUGAUUUAUUAAAACUAGAACACAGACCAAAGCAUGACACACGCUGUCUGUUAUUCACUGUGAAUGAUGUGCUGACAGUAUUACAUUCAAUAAAUCCUCAACAUCAUGUCUUCUGUGUUUUAUAGCUCACACAUAUCAACACUGAGAGAAAUAAGAUUGACAGACAUAUGUUUUCUGAUCGAUUAGACGUGACGAUGUGUGUUGAUCAGUUCAGAUCAUUGGAGUCACUGCACUGGCCAUCUGAAGAGAGGAAAAUUACAUCACAUCAGAUUUAUCAAAUCACACUUGAACCAUUCAGAUGGAAGAAAUAAAUGUAUGUGAAUCACCAAGACACGCGAAAAAUAAUUCCAUCAACUCUUUCAUAAGCACUUUAGUAUUGUGCUUAAAAAUGAACAUUCGUUUUUUUCUUUGCAGUAUUCAAGGUCUGAAAAUUUUGCAUUCUUUUUGCUAUUUUUUAUUUUUACAAUAUUUUGAUUGGAAGAAAUGUCACUCAUUCACACAAUAAAACAAACAAAA